UCUCUCUGCGACUUCUUCUCUGAUCCCACGUAGAAGACUGGGGUCCCAUCAAGUGGAAAGGCUAAGAUGACAUGAGCCCCCUUUCGUUGGCGUCUCCUUCUUUCACUUCACAUUAAUUUGGCCUACCGGUCUCCUCGCUGCUUCCAAUUGGCCAUUGUCUCCGCGCCUGCACCUACUUCAAUGCUAUAACGUCCGGAGCACGGCCAUCGUCUCCGUCCCUCGCCCUCGCGGUGACGUCCGAGGCCAGAAGGGAGGGAGGUGUGUGGUGCGGGGCCGGAGACGGCGACCGGGUCAGCCGUGGAUUCCUUUCUUGGGGGCUCCCGGAAAGGCGAAACGGGUGGGCUUUGAGGAGGCCAUGCGAAGGGGGAGGAGGAGCUGAGAUCUCGACGCCAUGGAUCCGCCUUUCUCCGGAUUUGUUCUUGACCCUUCUAAAUGCCGCAAGCUGAGUAUAGAUGACAAGAGAGAACUCAUCCAUGAAUUGUCUAAAUGGCCAGACAGUUCUACUGAGAAACUACAAACUUGGAGCAGGAAAGACCUUCUGGAGAUCCUUUGUGCAGAAAUAGGGAAGGAGAGGAAGUAUACGGGCUUAACAAAGCAGAAGAUGAUAGAAUACCUUUUCAAACUUGUAUCUGAGAAAAAAUCUGGAGGACAUGUGGAAGCCAUGAAUUCAACUCCUAAUCCACCUAACCCUAACCCUCAAACUCCACACAAAAGACACAGAAAGAAUGAGAACCCGUCACGUCUACCUAUUACUGCAAAUAAUCUUCCAGCAAGUGAAGGAAAUGAGGCUGUCAUUAAUGUGCGAUACUGCCAAAAUCUAGCAUGCAGAGCCACUCUGAACCUUGAUGAUGCAUUUUGCAAACGCUGCUCGUGUUGUAUCUGCCACAAAUAUGAUGAUAAUAAGGACCCUAGCCUUUGGCUAUUUUGUAGCUCGGAUACUCUUUCUCAAGGUAAUCCAUGUGGUUUGUCAUGCCAUCUUGAGUGUGCUCUCAAGCAUGAAAGAGCUGGUAUUGUGAAGAAUGGAAAAUGCACAAGCUUGGAUGGGAGCUAUUACUGCACAUACUGUGGAAAAUCCAAUGACUUGCUUGGAUGCUGGAAAAAGCAACUCAUGAUUGCAAUGGAUGCACGACGAGUAGAUGUAUUGUGUUAUCGGAUUUCACUUAGUCAUAAAAUUCUUGAAUCAACAGAGAAGUUUCAGAGCUUGCAUGAGAUAGUUGACACAGCAAUGAAGAAGUUGGAGGCUGAAGUUGGGCCUAUUAAUGAUUUACCAAACAUGGCUCGUGGAAUUGUCAACAGACUUUCUGUUGGUGCCGAAGUUCAGAGAAUGUGUGCUUUUGCUGUCAAAUUAUUAGAUUCUAUGCAUCUAGUAGCCUUCUCUUCUGAUACUCAAGUUCAGCUAAGUUUGACAUCCUCUAGCUUCAUCAAAUUUGUAGACAUAUCCCCGGUGUCGGUUACUUUGGUGUUGGGUUAUGAUGAUAAUUCAGCUUUAUCACAAGAGAUGGCUGGUUUUACCAUAUGGCACCGAAAAGCCGAUGCUAGGGAGUACCCUAAGAAACCAACCUGUACUUUGUUUAAGCCAAAGAGGAGGUUUCUGAUAACAGAACUAUCUCCAGCUACAGAAUACAUGUUCAAGGUGGUAGCCUUCAGCAGCUUCAGUGAGCUCGGAAUGUGGGAAGUUGGAGUAACAACGGAAGGCAUUUCUUUGGAUGAUCCAGCAGGCUUAGCUGCAGAUGUAAACCCAUCCAAACCAUAUUGCCAAAGCCCAAAAACAAACAGUAGUGGCCUAUCAAACCCAUCGGAGGGAGAUGAAUCUAACAAUAAUGUUGUUGCAUAUACUGACCUCAACAAGUCACCAGACAGUUGUUUUCAUUAUUUUGAGAAGCCUGAUAUCCUUGACUCGGAAAAAUUAUCAGACCACAUCCAGAAAGAUGAAAAGAGCGAAUAUGCAGGAACAAUAAGUGGAGCUGAAGUUAUGGAGGCUGACGAAACACCAGGGCAUUCUGGUUCUGCAUUAGAUGAGGAGCUGAACCCAACAAUUCAAAUGGAGUCCCACAAGGAUUCCACAAACUCUGUGGAGAAUAACCAGGCAACUGACAUCCCCAAAUCAGAGAAUGAAUCCAAUGCACCUACUGCAGAUGAGAUGGUUAUCGUUCCAUUCGGGCAUCCAGAUCAAACCUUACCAGUUACUCACCGUGGGCUGGAUACCAGUCAGGAAGGUCCUGGGAGAGGUAGCAAAUUGAAACUUGGCAUUAAUUUGCUAGAGAGUGGCCGUACAAAUUCAGGUAGGGAGCCAGCAAGUUUAUCAAAGAAAAGAGGUAGGGAGAAAAUACUGGAGAUGUGUGCUAAAGAAGGCUCCUUAGAAGGGUCGUAUGAGUAUUGUGUGAAAGUGGUUAGAUGGCUCGAAUGUGAGGGCCACAUCGAGACCAACUUUAGGGUCAAAUUUCUAACUUGGUUUAGCUUACGGGCAACCCCACAGGAGAGAAGAAUAGUGACUGUUUAUGUUGAUACUCUGAUUGAUGAUCCUGCGAGCCUCGCGGGGCAGCUGGUGGACACCUUCUCAGAAACAAUCUGCAGCAAGAAACCACCACUGGUGCCGACUGGCUUCUGUAUGAAGCUUUGGCAUUAGGACUUGCCAAGCUAAUUCUUAUUGAUUAUCCAUGAGCCCUGAUUCUUUGAACACAAAUUGCCAUGUUCAUUCUUCAUUGAAUAUAUCUUUAUGGUUCAGGAAUUGCAGGAACCCCUUAUUGUCAAAUUAAACUUGUCUACUUACAUGACUGUAGUUUCUAUCCAUAGAAUUUCUGUAUUUCUUCUGUUUUUCUCUACUUAGGAAUUGUGUAGAACUACCCUACACUUUUCUAUGAAACUUAUGCUCUCCUUAGAUAAUAAUUUUUGUUAUGGAUUCCUGUAAUAUGAUGACAACUUUAUAUUUUAGGGUUACAUUGAUAUGUUGAAUUAGCAGGCAAAUUGUUAGUCUA